AUGGCGGGCAUUCCCAAGGGAGUCCUCAAUAUUGUCACCGCGCUUGAAAACACCCCGCAGCUUGGCCUCGCCCUGUGUGAAAGCACCACCGUCCAAAAGAUUUCCUUCACGGGGUCAACCAGAGUCGGCAAGCUUCUCAUGAAGCAGUCCAGCAGUACGCUCAAGAAGUUGAGUCUCGAGCUGGGGGGGAACGCUCCUUUCAUUGUUUUCGACGAUGCGGACCUAGAAACGGCUGUGUCUAGCGCUAUCGUCAGCAAAUUCAAAGUCUCGGGUCAGACCUGCGUAUGCGCCAACAGAUUCUACGUUCAAGACGGUAUCUACCAACGUUUCAGCGAGCGUCUUGUCAAGGAGGUCAAGAAGUUCAAGGUCGGGAACGGCAGUAUCGAAGCUGUCACUCACGGGCCACUUACGACAAGCGUAGCCAAGGUAGAAGAACACGUAAAGGACGCUCUGAGAAAAAACGCAAAGCUUCUUCUCGGAGGGCAUCGUCUACCCGAGCUUGGGUCUAGGUUCUUCGAGCCGACCAUUCUUGGCGAUGUCGAUGACACAAUGGGCGUCAUGCAUGACGAGACAUUUGGUCCAUUGGCGGCGUUGACCAGGUUUAACAACGAGGAAGAGGUGAUCGCGAGGGCGAACUCAACGGAAGUUGGACUUGCUUCGUAUCUCAUGACCGCUGAUCUCAGCCGAUCUAUACGUGUAUCAGAGAGGCUGGAAUGCGGAAUGGUAGCGCUGAACACGGGUGUUAUUUCGGACCCCGCAGCACCCUUUGGGGGUAUCAAGCAGUCUGGGUUUGGCCGUGAAGGAAGUCAAUACGGCAUGGAUGACUACAUGGUUUCUAAAACCAUUGUUACGGGUGGUAUAGUCACAAAAUACAGUGCCCACUUAUAG